AUGGCCGCCGAUUCUUCUUCAACCACAUCGACCAAGCUUGAAAUCGCUCACGAUUUCCCUCCUUUCCUCCGCAUCUACAGAGAUGGCGUCGUGGAGCGCCUCAUGGGCACCCAAACCGUGCCAGCCUCUUUAGACGACCCCAAAACCGCCGUCCAAUCCAAAGACGUCCCUUACUCCCACGACCCCGAUCUCGUCGCCCGGCUCUACCUCCCCAAGCAAACCAAACCGGGCCAGAAGCUCCCUCUCUUGAUCUACUACCACGGCGGUGGCUUCGUCAUCGAGACGGCCUUCUCCCCCACCUACCACAACCACCUCAACACCUUGGUCGAGGCGGUCAACAUGAUAGCGGUUUCUGUGGACUACAGGAGAGCCCCCGAGCACCCCGUACCAAUUGCGUACGAGGACUCGUGGGCCGCCCUCAAAUGGGCCGCCUCUCAUUUUGAAGGAGGCGGCCCAGAGCAGUGGCUCAAUGAUCACGCGGAUUUUAACUCCGUGUUUCUGGCAGGGGACAGUGCAGGGGCUAACAUAGUCCACCAGGUGGCAAUUAGGUACGGGCGCGAAAAGGUGGAGGGGGUCCCGCGGCUGGGCGGGUUGGUUAUGGUCCACCCAUAUUUCGCUGGGAAGGAACCGGUCGGGAAUGAGCCGGUUCCGGUGCCCGAUUGGGGGGAGCGGUUCUGGAAGCUGGUUUGCCCGAGUUCAACAGCAGGGCUGGACGACCCAUAUUUGAACCCGGCUUUUGACCCGGACCUGGCCCGGCUUGGUUGCUCGAAGGUGCUUGUGAUGUUGGCGGAGAAGGAUUUCUUGAGGGAGAGAGGGAAGCACUAUUUCGAUUUGCUGAAGGGGAGCGAGUGGAAAGGAGAGGUUGAGAUGGUAGAGACUGAAGGCGAGCAGCAUGUCUUCCACUUGUGGAAUGCUGGUUGUGAAAACGCUGCCGUUUUGAUCAACAAGAUUUGCUCCUUCAUAAAUAAUUGA